CGGGCGCGGGCGCGGAGCAAGCGGCCCGCGGGGCGGGCUAUUAAUAACGCGGUCGCCCAGCUCGGGGUCGCGCAGCCAUGGCAAGCCCGGAGCCCCGGCACGGCGGGGACGGCGCAGCCCAGGCCGCGAGGGAGACAAGCGCAGAAGCCACUUCUCCUCUUGAAGAGGAGAGCUUGGAAUCCCCCCAUGAGGCCGGGACUCUGGACCCAGAAGUGACUCUGUCUUUGAAGGGGACCUUAAACUUAGAGGACAUUCUCUACCUGGGGGACACAGGUGACCUGGAUGAGCUAGACGAGAUACUGUGUGUGGAAGAGACGGAGCAGCCUGAGGAAACCCUGUACAUUGAGGAGACCAGGCAGCCAGGUGAGGCCCCGCAUGUAGACGAGCCUGUGAAGCCAGAGGAGAUCCUCUGUGUGGAAGAACUCGAGAAGCCGGAAAAGAGCGCAAGCCCGGAGCAGACCGGUGAUGGGGGAGAGACGGUCACGAGUGAGGAGAAACCCAGCCCUGAGGAGGGCCUCAGCGCCGGGCUGAGUCCCAGCACCGAGAGCCUGAGCAUAGAGGACCUGGAACUGCUGGAGCAGCGUUUCCAGCAGUGCGUGCAAGCCGUGGCCCAGCUGGAAGAGGAGCGGGACCAGCUCAUCCACGAGCUGGUGUUGCUCCGGGAACCGGCCCUGCAGGAGGUGCAGCGGGUCCAUGAGGACAUCCAGGCGGCCUACAAGCGGCACGCCCAAGCCGAGCUGGAGAGGGACGGGCUGAGGGAGGAGAUCAGGCUGGUCAAGCAGAGGCUCUUCAAGGUGACCAAGGAGUGUGUGGCCUACCAGUACCAGCUGGAGUGCCGCCGGCAGGACGUGGCCCAGUUCGCCGAGCUGCGGGAGGCGCUGACCGCCCGGGCAGCCCAGCUCUCCGAGGAACUGGCCGGGCUCCGCGAGGCCUACCAGAAGCAGAAGGAGCAGUUGCGGCAACAGCUGGAAGUGCCGCCAAGCCAGAGCGACGGGCACUUUCUGCAGGAGAGCCGGCGGCUCUCCGCCCAGUUUGAGAACCUCAUGGCGGAGAGCCGCCAGGGCCUGGAGGAGGAGUACGAGCCUCAGCUGCUGCGCCUCCUGGAGAGGAAGGAGGCGGCGGCCAAAGCCCUGCAGAAGACCCAGGCGGAGAUCCAGGAGAUGAAGGAGGCCCUGAGACCCCUGCAGGCAGAGGCCCGGCAGCUGCAGCUGCAGAACAGGAACCUGGAGGACCAGAUCACGCUCGUGAGGCAGAAGCGGGACGAGGAGGUGCAGCAAUACCGGGAACAGCUGGAGGAAAUGGAAGAGCGACAGAGGCAGUUGAGGAGCGGCCUGCAACUCCAGCAGCAGAAGAACAAAGAGCUGGAGCAGCUGCGGAUCAGCCUCGCCGGAGAGCUCUCCACCUAUAAGUCAGUUCUUGCUGGCGCCCUGCUCUUAACUGACGCUGGCAAAGGGGAUGGUGGGGAGGGCAGGUGUUGCUCAGGGGAAAUUUCACUGAACAGGGAAAAGCAGAACAACAGCUUGGGACAAUAUUCGAAUUGUGCUCACCCAUGACAGAUGGAAAACGGAUCUCUUUUUUUAAAGGGCUAUGCUACCCAAGAGCCUGGGACAGGCUAACGCUCCCACUUCUCAGGCAGGUGGAACGGAGACUCAGUCCCAAGGUGAUCCUUGAGGGUCCAAGAGUGGUGUCUGCACUGUUGUUGCUCCUAACAAUACUAAUGGCUUAAGAAAACUUAGAGUGUGUCAAAUGACAAGUCAGGUAGGAAUAACACAUACCUCCACAUUGCCUGGUUUAAGCAUUCAGGGGUCACUUGGAACGUUUCAGUUUCUAGCAGGACUCAAAAUAUGCUCUAAUUAUUGCCAGGAAUUCGGUAACACGAUGACACAUCCGGGCUCUAUGCAUUCUUACUUUCCUUGGCCUAUCCUACCCCAUCUGCUAUUCAUAAAUAGCUUCCUUAGAAUAGCCGAGAAGACAGUUAUGCUACCUAAUUCAGACUAUGACAAAGGAGGCCAAAAGGCUAAAUUAAUCUGGAAGUCAUAAAAAAGGCUCAAGUGGGUGUUGUUCAUAGCCUGUGGGACAGGAUUACUGCUUAAUAUAGGAAACAAGCAAUAUACCUAUCCAUUAAUUUCUUUAAAUACUAAUGUUCUUAUAUUCUGUAUAAAGUCCUAGAUUCUCUCGGAUAAAGAAACUAAGGAAAAAAGGUCUGGGCCAAGUUGUAGACUAGACAGAUGCCCAUAAAUUUUAUUCUUAAUUUCCCAGUUAAUCUUUUGUCUUGGGUACAAAACUCACAAAUAACAAUUAUUAACCAAUACUUUUCCUAACUUACUAGCAUUUUCUUUUACCGUGUUUUAUCCAGGCAUGACUGAUUAUGCUUAUUGUUUGGGAGAUUAGAGAACCUUGUAAUUGAGGAAAGUGAUACGUCAAACACCUUUGUGCGGAUCAGAUUAAAAGUACAACAGGGAAAGGGCAACAACUCCUCUUAAGAAACGAAACUACAGAAUCCCAGUUACUCUAAUACCCAUGUAAGGUUAACCUGGGCAGAGAAAAUCUCUAGCUAGGCCCUCCCAUCACCACCACACAGGUUACCAUUCAUUCAGUUCUGCAAAUAAGAGGCACCCAAAUAGGCAUUUGGCACAGAGAAAUGCAUCCCUAAUCCUAUGUAAAUUACACUCCAGCAAUCUCUCCCCAACUUAGCACUAACUAAACUUCAGAAGUUCAUUGUCAUGAACUUUACACUGUAUUAUUUCAAGUUGACCCAAGUAUGAACUUAUUUUUUUCUUUUCUCAAUUUUACAGGGGCUGUUUAGAAACGUAUGGCCGAAUCUGUAACCCAGAAACAACAGCAAAAAACUUUUUAGCAAAGGAUAACUAAGUACCCUUUGGACAUACUUUUUUCCAGAGAAGGGAGUGCCAAGGACUUGGCAAGCAGUUCACCCUGGGAAAGUUACAAACACUGGCUGACCUGUUUAAAGAGUUGAAGGCUGGCUGGAGGCAGAAUGCCAUCAGUCAGGAUUUAAGUGGAGUCUAGUUCAUAGGCUGCUGGUACCAAUCUCUGUGCAUGCAGGAAUGGAAAAAUGAGCCUUCUGUCCUCUGGCAGCAACUCCCACGUGCACAGAGUAAAGGAUGGAUGUACAGACAGACACACUUUAGUGUUGUGAAGAAUGUAUCUUGCCUUGUGUUGACCCAAAACAAAAACCUUUUUUUGGAGGAAGGGUCAAAAAAGGCAGCCGAUUUUCAUGAUAAUGGGUUUACAAUUUGAAUUCCUUUGUGCCAUGAGUGUUAGACUUUAAAAUGAAUUCUUCUACAAAGUUUAAGUCCGUGUGGACUCAUACAGUUUACUCCUGUGUCAAGAUAAUUUUCACUACACUCUAAAAGAACUAUUGACUUGGAAAAAAGAAACCAAUCUAGAUUUGAACUGAAAGGUUUAAGGGUACUGAGAUUUUCCCAAAGACUGUGCUCAUGAAAAUGAUUUUCAGUCAGUGAUGUAUUCUUUUAAACUGAGUGACUGGCAAAGAGCCAGGCAUUUUAUCUGGUUAUGGCACUUGGUGAUAAAGGCUUUCAAGAGUCUAUUAUUUCUAACUUCUAAAUACAGGCCCCAGUGAAAAACAUACUGGGGAGAUUCAACCUCUCUAUGGGAAAAGGUUCAAUCAAACACCUUUUUCAAAUUUAAAGUCUGCCUUAAAUGCUCUCUGCCACAUUGCCUUUGACAGUCUUAGAAGUCCAUGUAGUUCUCUAGGGACAGACUUCAAAAAGAUGUUAUGUUGUCAAAGACUAAUCCGUGUACCUCUGGCUCAGUGUUUUAUGCCUUGCACUUUCCCUGGGAAGGAGUGAAGCUCUUCUAUCGCUCUGGGUUUGUUAUAUUUAAUUCUGCUUUUGAUAGUCAAAGAUCAUAUACAGUAAAACAGUCCUCUGAA